UUAAAACUUUUGUCUUGUUACUCAAAAGCGUUAAAAUCACCGAUUUACCACCAGGUGGUGGUGUCCGUGGAUGAUCACGUAUCCCAACUUCCCUGGCGCUCACGGCGGAAGAAGGCGCAGAGGUGACUCUCUGGCCCGCACCGCUCUACUCUUCUGUUCCGUCUGACGUUGGACAACAAAGAUGGCGGCUGGAACCAGCAAUUACUGGGAAGAUCUAAGGAAACAGGCCCGACAGUUGGAAAAUGAACUUGACCUGAAACUGGUUUCCUUCAGUAAACUAUGUACAAGUUACAGUCAUGGCAGCACCCGAGAUGGAAGACGCGACAGGUAUAGUUCUGACACAACACCCCUUUUAAAUGGAUCGAGCCAAGACAGAAUGUUUGAGACAAUGGCAAUUGAGAUUGAACAGCUUUUGGCAAGGCUUACAGGGGUAAAUGACAAAAUGGCAGAAUAUACCAACAGUGCAGGUGUCCCCUCUUUGAAUGCAGCAUUGAUGCAUACUUUACAGCGACACAGAGACAUUUUGCAGGAUUAUACACAUGAGUUCCAUAAAACCAAAGCAAACUUUGUGGCAAUACGAGAAAGGGAGAAUCUGAUGGGAUCGGUACGAAAAGAUAUUGAGUCAUAUAAAAGUGGGUCUGGAGUGAACAACAGGAGAACUGAACUAUUUUUGAAAGAACAUGAUCACCUUCGAAACUCAGAUCGUCUGAUAGAAGAAACAAUAAGCAUUGCUAUGGCAACAAAAGAAAAUAUGACUUCACAGAGAGGGAUGUUGAAGUCAAUUCACAGCAAAAUGAAUACUUUGGCCAAUCGUUUUCCUGCUGUGAACAGCCUAAUCCAGAGGAUCAAUCUCAGGAAGCGGCGAGACUCACUCAUCCUAGGUGGUGUAAUCGGUAUCUGUACCAUCCUAUUGCUGCUGUAUGCCUUCCAUUGAUGGGACCUCCCCAGGAACUCUUGACAAGUGCCACUUUCACGCCCAGACCUGGAAUGAGGAAAAGAAGGAUGGAGAAGUUGACUGCCCUGAAAAUGAGCCUGACCAGCCAGGUGGAUUCAAUACUGAUAGUGAUGGUUCGGUGACAUGGAUAGAGCUGAAGCCAAUUUUUCUGUGCUGUCUUUUAUAACACACAUUUUCCUGUUUUUAGUUUAAAAACAAAAAAAGAUUUCAGUUGCUUUUGUCUCCUUAGGAGGUGAGUAAAGCAAUCAAAAACAAGAGUCUCUGUGCUUCAGUGAUAAUAUUGAGGCCUGAUGACAAGCCAGGUCUUAGAGAGCUGGACUCUUCAGAAUACCAGAUUUCUCUAUACUAUCCAGAGAGUCUUUUUCUUUCAGCGAGCAGAUUGGGUUGUGAAUAAAAAUAACUCUUGUCCUUUUAUUUAACCCUAUGAUGAAAAAUCACAAGUCCUUUCUUGAUAACCUUGAUAGAUUUCUACUUGAUGUUCCCAACUCAUGGGGUAGUCAAGGAAAAUUCCAUUUUUCACAAAUUCUUUGAGAUGCUGAUAGGCCAUUUUCCAGAGUAUUUCUUUUGGGGUAGGCAGGGUACCAGGGAUCGAACUCAGGCCCUUGCGCUUGCAAGGCUGGUGCCAGAACCAGAGCUAAAUCCCCAGCCCUAGACCAUUUUCUAUUUAACAUGUUUUGAGUUGUCAAAGACAGAACACUGCAAAAAAAACUUUUGUGUGUUUCUUUUUUAAAAUUACAAGUACACUCACUGGGGUUAACUGUAUUGCUAGAAAAAUAUCAAGAAGGACAGGCAUCUCUCUUUUUUUUUUUAAGGAACUAGUCAUUUUAUUUUUUUUAUUCUGUUGGAUUAAUAUUUGUUACUACAGGAUGAUGAAAUCUGAAUUCUACCAUGACAAAAAGACUAAUAGCCAAUGUCUUCCAGGCCACCCAACGGUUCUUUAUUAUGUCAGAUUAGCACUGGUUACUGAGGGUGAGGACUGCUCAAUUUUCAGUGAGGUUCUGUUCAAUAAGUCAAAUGUAAAAAGACAUUGAGGAGUCACUAUCCAGAUAAUUCCAUUUGUAAAUGCUCUACAACUUUGGAGCAAAAGCUUAAGAACCACUGUCUGGUGAUCUGUGUUCUGUGAAAAUCUAUUCAUUCAAAAUCUCUUAAAAUUUUCCAAACCUCCAGAGAAUGGUUUCACUGUUGAAGGUGCCUAUGACAAUCUGUGUGUGCACCUGUCUUCUUUUACCAUCUCUGGAUAGUGACAAAAAUCUGAACUACCCCCCAUAACUUUUUUCACGAUUAACCAUUUCUGUUAUUGAAAAUUCAUUACUUACCUUACUGAAACACCAGGUAUUUUAAAGACUUCUUACAUCCCUACUCCUCACCAAAAGAAAAAGCUGCUAUUCCCCAUUGGAGUUGACUAUGGUAUUUAUAGGACUUGCCUCAGACUGCCACAGGGAAUAAAAGGAGAAAUUCUUCACUACAGCAUGGUGUGUAGAUGCUGUUGUUCAGAGGGACAUGAUAUACUACAUGAUGAGUAGACUAACACUAGUCUGGGAUGGAGCAGCUCAUCAUUCUGUUGUCACAGUUUUAUUACAUUCUGGGUAUGAAGGGCAUUUGAUAUAUUUUUCUUAACUGUGGGGUUUAUUUUUCUAAAUAUGGACUGAUGAUCGUUUUAUUACCUGGAAAUCCCCUUAAAGAAAAUUUAAGUUUUCCUAAUGUGAACCUUAAAGGAUCAAGGAAGUAAGUUCAUUUAUUGAAUUCUCUUUUGAGAGAACAAAACUUUUCUCCCCUGAUACUAUUAUCUUUGAUUUUUCAAAGGGCCUUGAUUGGUGGUUGUGCCUCAGCUAGAAUUUAUGGGACUUUAGUUGCUAUAUAGUUGGCAUUUAUAAAAUCUGAAAUAUCAUAAAUAAAGUUAUUUAUUUAAUUAUACUACCAGUCUUUUUUACUGGUCUGAUUACUUGGUUUGUUCAUUAAAGCUGAUAUCGUGAGAGUAAUCUAGCUUGCUACAGCCAAGCAAAGAAACAGUGUUGGUGGCUGAUAAGCCUCUCCAGGAGGGCUGUGCUCAUGUGGAAUAAUAGAAUUAUGUUGGUUAUUUUCUUUAUGAAAAUAAAGAAACCAGUUCUUCCAAGGAAGUUGAAAAGGCUUGGUGUAAAUGUUGGUGUCAGAUAAGUCUGACUAACCUCCCAGUACUCUUACCCAUAGUGAGGUGCCCCCACCCGAUAGCUAGAAAGUAAACGAUUGAGAGAGUGCUCUUCCCUUCCCCUUGCUGAAAGGAAAUGGAGAUGUGCCCUUUAAUGGAAGGGACUCAAUUUGGAUCUUGUGAUGGUUAAUUUGAGUUUCAGUUUUAUGCCAGUUAACUUUUUAAAAAUUCAUCUUGAUUUUCUUCCCUUUUUUUGCUAUCUUUCUUCCAGACCAGUUGCUAGGCUCAAAAGCCAAAAGUUUAUUACUUGUUAAAGCCAGAGCCAGGAAUUUUGAGGCUGAGCCCAGAGGUCAGAGGAAUUUUCUGUUUCUGAUCCCAAUGAAAUGUUGCCUCUUAGGAAAGUUAUGUUCCAGUAGCCAUUGUCUUAUGUAAUAAAUCUUUCCUUUUUGGAUCUUUUUAAUAACUAUUCAGAACUCUCCAUCUCACUAAAAAAUGUGAAUACAGCAUCCAAACAUUGUCUUUUUCUUUUUGAGAUGGCAUCUUGCUAGGUUGCCCAGGCAGACCUCAAAUAUCUUUGUUUCUGCCUCAGCUUUUCAGGUAGCUGAGACUACUGGUUUGUGCCACUACAGUGGCACAAGUACACUUGGCUCCAAAUGGUGUGUUUCUAAGAUUUUUGUUUUAAUGUAUACUGAUGACCUUAGUAAAAGUGUUUAAUCUGUUACUCAAGUUCAAGCCCAGAUAUCCAAGUGCCAUAGGUUAUCCUUCCUGGAAGUCUCCUCAUUCUUUGACUGUUACUGAUGCUGCAAGACUCCCUGUAACCUACAUUGCUCACCUUUUAUUUUUUCUGAUGUUAAAAAGGACUUUCUUAGCCAGGCGUGGUGGCGCACACCUAUAAUC